AUGGCAGAGGAAGGCCAGGCAAAGGGAGCCCUGGAGUCCCCCAGGAUGAACCCCUCUCCCACCCCUACACCGAGGGCACCCCCUACCACCCCUAUGCCCAGGGCACCCCCGACCCCUAUAGCAGAGAGGGGAACCCCUGCCGGCAGCACCCCUUCCCAGGAGCCCCCUCUCUCCUCUCGCCGGCGGCCCGUACGCUGGGAACCCCCCCGCUCCUCCCAGGGCGAGAGAGGAGGUGCGGUCGACCCCUCGGCCCAGGCUGCAGCCGCCCCCUGCCCCAGACCACAGACCCCAGCGCCACCCCACCCUGACACCACUCAGCCCACCGCUCAGCACCCCUCCAGGACCCCCCGUCCUCCCCUGCCCACCCCUCCGCCCCAGAGGCCUCCCCAGCUGGGGUCAGCGCGUCAGCAGAGCCCUGUUCCUGAUGGAGGUCCAGCAGCAGUCAAAGCUGACCUCUCUGGUCAUGGCGGCCGCAAGAGACCCCGCAGCAGUGCCAAGGAGCCGUCAGUCAGCAACCAGCGUGGCCAACCCAGGGCCACCAAUCAGAAGCAGGCUGGGGCGGUGCCAGAGAGGCCACAGGCUGGUUGGAUUGGGGGAGCCAGAGACGGGGUGGCAGCAGUGACCCCAGUGUCUGCAGUGAAGCCCAAACCCAGCCUGGCGUUGACCUCUGACCCUCGCGUGUGUGACGUGGGGCGUCUGAGCGCGGGGGAGAGGGAGCAGGUCCUGGAGGAGAUGAGGACGGCCAGAGCGCUGGUGCUCACGCUGGUGCUGCAGGACGGGAGCACACAGCUGGACAUGGAGCAGAAGAACAGUCCAUCUGUGUGUGGUAUCUUGAUUCUGCUGAAGAGGGCUCUGGACCUGUCUUGCCCUCAACCGACGGAGGAGGAGAAGCUGCUCUUCCUGAGACUGGAACAGAGGCCAGUCUGGGUCCAACAUACAACCGACCAGAACCACGAACAGUUUGCCAGAGAGCUGGUUGUGCUGGUGCUGUCGGGACAGAGGCAGGUGGUGUGUUACAAAGCCAAAGACCUGCUGCGCACCACCCUGCAGUAUCACACACACAUGCUCAGUUGGAAACAAAUGGGUGUGUGUGAGGUGCUGGACCCCCAGAUCGCUGCGUGGCUGCUGGACCCCAGUGACUCGGGCGCCUGUUUCCAGGAGCUCUUGAACAAACACUGCAAGCCCAACACACAGUCCUCCGCCACACACAACUUCACACCUGCACUGGGCCCCCAGAAGGUCACUCAGGUCAUCUCUUAUUUGAAUCAUCUGUAUAAACUCAUGGUUGAGUUACGCUCAAAACUGAAGACUAAAGGACUGUGGCAGCUUUAUUCUCAAAUGGAGACUCGGAUGAUUCCUGUUCUUGCAGCCAUGGAGAGUCACAGGAUCCAUGUGGACAGAGAUGCUCUGAAGAAGACCUCUGAGAUGCUGGGGUCAAAGAUGAAACAGUUGGAACAAGAGGCCCAUCAGGCAGCUGGCCAGCAGUUUCUGGUGUCCAGCAACAACCAGCUUCGACUGGUUCUUUUUGAGAAGUUACGUCUGCAUGAGCGCUGUGAGAAUAAGAAGCUGCCCAAAACCCUUCUCAAACAACAGCAGUCAACAUCUGAGGCUGCGCUGUUGCAGCUUCAGGAUCUGCACCCUCUGCCCAAGAUCAUUCUAGAGCACAGGCAGGUGCAUAAACUCAAGUCUACAUUUGUGGAUGGAAUUCUGUCAUGCAUGAAUAAGACGUUCAUCUCCACCACAUGGAAUCAGACCAGUGCUGUGAGUGGCAGAUUGUCAGCCAAACACCCAAACUUCCAGGCGCUGCCAAAACAGCCCCUUCAGAUCACCAAGAAGCAAUAUGUCCAUGGAAAGGAAGCAGAGCUUGUAACCGUACACCCCCGCACCAUGUUCAUUCCCCGCCAAGGCUGGACCUUCCUGUCUGCAGAUUUCUGUCAGGUGGAGUUGCGUCUGCUGGCACAUCUCUGCAUGGACCCAGAGCUUCUCAGAAUUUUCCAGAAUCCUGAAGCAGAUGUCUUCACCAUGCUGGCCUCUCAGUGGAAGGGCAUAAAGGAGGACUCGGUGAGCUCGGAGGACAGGGAGCAUGCCAAGCGCAUUGUCUACUCCGUCGUGUAUGGAGCAGGGCGGGAGCGUCUGUCUGGUAUUUUGGGCGUGAGUGCAGAGCAGGCCAGCCGUUUCCAGGACAGCUUCCUGCAGACCUACAGGGAGGUGCAGACCUUCAUCCAGAAAACUACACAGCAGUGCCACAGCCAAGGUUACGUCGUGUCCAUAAUGGGUCGCCGGCGCUCACUCCCCCACAUCCACUCAGCAGACUGGGCAACACGUAACCAGGCAGAGAGGCAGGCCGUCAACUUUGUGGUGCAAGGGUCUGCUGCUGACCUGUGCAAGAUGGCCAUGAUCCGCAUCUUCUCCCAGGUCACCACCUCUGCAUCUCUCACCGCCAGGCUGGUUGCACAGAUCCAUGAUGAACUUCUGUUUGAGGUGGAGGAACACCAGCUUCAGGAGUUUGCCUUGUUGGUGAAGAGUACCAUGGAGUCUCUCCAGCACAUAGACAGCCUUGGAGUUCAUCUGACUGUCCCCCUGAAGGUGGUGGUGUCAAGUGGAUCUUCUUGGGGUUCCAUGUCUGAGUUGUCCCUCCCAUGCACUUCUCCCUCCACCUGACUGGUCUCUUUCUGUCUUUUUUCAUUGACUCUUUCUUUCUCUCCUCUGUUACUCUCUUUUCUCUUUACUUCUUUCUUUGGGGUUCCUACCAUUCUGUUCCUCCUUCUCUUUGCAUCACGCCUUCCGUUACAUCCCCUCUUGUCAGCCAUUUCCCUUCUCCUCUGCUUAAUUCAUUACUCUUUCACUCACUUGCUCACUCCCUCCUUCUCGCUUUUUCUGCUGCAUCCCGUUGCCGUGGUAACCAAGCAGCUGCAGCUCCUCUAGCACUCUCGUCCGUAUCCGAGGGCAACGGCAGGAGAUCCAGACUGGAUCACACCAGUCCCUCUUUUUUUGGUCUACUUAUCCUCCUUCUCUCUCUCUCUCUUUCUCUCUUUUCUCCACCACUUUGAAAAUAGUUUCGUUCCAUCUCUUUUGUUGAUGUGCUUUCAUCUACUUGCCUGCUCAUCCCUGUAUUUUGUUAACCAGGGAGAAACUAAAGGCUAAUUGAUACAUUUUAUUAAUUUGUUGUGUCAAAUAUCUUUAAACAUGUGAUUAAUGUAUUUCUAUAAUGUAUUUGCAUGC